AUGUCGCUUCGCGGGAAGAAUGCUAUCGUGACGGGGGGGUCCCGCGGAAUUGGUAAGGGUAUCGCUCUCGAGCUCGCCCGUCGAGGUGCCAAUAUUCUUCUUACCUACCAGAGCUCUCGCAUUCAGGCCGACGAGGUUGUGGCCGAGGCUCAGAGCUUUGGGAUCGAUGCCGUCGCAGUGGAGGCCAGGGGAGUCGAUCCGGCGGCGCCGGCGACGGUGGUGAGCGCCGCAGUGACUCGAUGGCAACACAUCGAUAUUAUCGUCAACAACGCGGGCACGCGGGAGGAUUUCGAGUUCGAGGAUAUGACGUACGAGGCCUGGGAGCGGCAGUUAAACGCCAACGUGCGAUUUCCCACCUUUCUGAUCCAACAUGCCACCCGUCAUUUCGGCCCGGCGCCGCGCAUCGUCAACUUCUCCAGCAUCUACGCACGGGACGGACAUGCCGGUUGUCUGGCCUACGUGGGAUGCAAGGGGGCUAUUGAAAGCCUUACGCGCUCACUGGCACGCGAGUUGGGUCAUAAAUACAACGCCACUGUCAAUUGCAUUAGCCCGGGCCCAGUCGGCACCGAGCUUUGGGCACAAAGUAACCAGGACCCCGAAGUGUCCAAAGCCUGGCAAUCCACUAUUCAAAAUACACCGGCAGCCCCUCGAGUCGGUGAGGUUGAUGAUAUCGCGCAGAUCGUGGCCUUCCUGUCGGAGGAGGGAAGUCGAUGGGUCACGGGCAUGGUGGUGAACGCCAACGGGGGGUUGAUGUUCAACUGA